AUGUCAUUUCCUCUUGAUUCAUCAUAUGGUUAUUCUUCAGGUGAUGAUUCUUUUUCUUAUAUUUCAGAUCCAUAUUAUUGUCCUGUUCACAAUCCUGUUCCACAACCGCCUUCUGUUGGCUAUUGUACUUUUCAACAACCAUAUCCAUAUUAUUAUCCAGUUACAAUACCUCAACAACAAGUAAGUAGUCCAAUAUAUUCUUCUUCUGUAUUUCAGGUUCGUCCAGAAAAAACUCAUAAGUAUGUAUCAAAAACAACAAUCGAUGAUCUUUCAACUCGAACUCAAUUAACGCCAGCUCAAAUUCGUGUUUGGUUUAAUAAUAAACGUACAAGAGAACGUCAAUAA